AUGGAAGGCCAUCACUCGGCUCAGCCUGAAAGCAGCCACUCCAACUCCUUCAAUACCAACUCUCGCACAAUCAAUCAAUCCAAUUCAUUCACUUCAAAUGAUGGAACCCGUCAUGAAGUUGUCUCACCAGUGUUCUCAAGCGCUUCAUCUUCCCUCUCCUCCCAUGACGGUCGCUGGGGUGAGCAGGAGACGGGUGACCCCGUCUCCAUUCGUGGUGCAGUCGAGGACUUGGCAGAGAUGCGUCGCGAAUUGAGUCAAAUCCAUCAAACCAAGUCAAGCACCAGAAGUGUGCGUCGUCCAAAGUCACGUACUAGCCAGGCAGCCCGUGAUGAAGAAAAGGGUAUUGAAGGUGAUUCCGACACCGAGGCCGACUCCUUUGAUCUGGAAGAAUUCCUGAUGGGCGGCCAUCUAGAGCGCCGUACUACUGCAGGCGAUUCCGCCAAAAAGAUCGGUGUUGUCUUCAAGAACCUUACUGUUCAGGGUGUACAGACUGGUGCCUCGUUCGUCCGUACUCUACCCCAUGCUGUGGUGGGAACCUUUGGCCCUGAUUUAUAUAAUGUCAUUUGCCGAUUCGUGCCCCAGGCCCGGAUAGGUAAGAAGCUACCUAUUCGCGAUUUGAUCCAUGAUUUCAGCGGUACAGUGCGCGAGGGUGAGAUGAUGAUGGUGCUAGGUCGUCCUGGUUCUGGCUGUACCACCUUCUUAAAGGCCAUUGCCAACGACCGGGCCUCAUUCGCUGGUGUCAACGGUGAGAUCAGUUAUGGCGGUAUCUCUGCAGAAGAACAAAACAAGCACUUCCGAGGUGAAGUCAACUAUAACCCGGAAGACGACCAGCAUUUCCCGACGUUGACCGUCUGGCAAACCUUGAAGUUUUCGUUGGCUAACAAAACUCGCAAGCAUGACCGUGAAAGCAUUCCUGUCAUUAUUGAUGCGUUGCUGAAGAUGUUCGGUAUCAGCCACACCAAGAACACACAGGUCGGAAACGAGUAUGUCCGCGGUGUGUCGGGUGGUGAGCGGAAGCGUGUCAGUAUUGCCGAGACUCUGGCUACUAAGUCGUCCGUCGUCUGCUGGGACAACUCCACCCGGGGUCUUGACGCGAGCACUGCCCUUGACUAUGCCAAGUCUCUGCGAAUUAUGACAGAUGUCAGUAAACGCACGACUUUUGUCACUUUGUAUCAGGCUGGAGAAAGCAUCUACGAGCUGAUGGACAAGGUCCUGGUCAUUGAUGCUGGCCGGAUGCUUUACCAGGGCUCCGCCCGUGAAGCGCGUCAGUACUUUGUUGAUUUGGGAUUCUAUUGCUCGGAUCAAUCAACCACUGCCGACUUCUUGACCUCGCUAUGUGACCCCAAUGCUCGCCAAUUUCAACCAGGCCGCGAGGCAUCAGCCCCCAAGACUGCCAUUGAGCUUGAGCAGGUGUUCAAGAACAGUGACGCCUACAAGCGGAUCGAGAAGGAUGUUGCCAACUACGAACAGCGCCUCCAGGAGACCGAGUGUGAGGACACACGUCGUUUCCAGAAGACUGUUGCUCAGUCCAAGAGUAAGACCGUUUCCAAAAAAUCUCCCUACACUGUUUCUCUCGCCCGCCAGGUCGCAGCCUGUGUGAAGCGUGAAUUCUGGUUGUUGUUGGGUGACAAGACCUCCCUCUACACUAAGUACUUCGUUCUCGUUUCCAAUGCUCUCAUCGUGGCUUCUCUCUUCUAUGGCGAGUCUCUUGAUACCAGCGGCGCCUUCUCCCGUAGCGGUGUGACCUUCUUCUCUGUCCUCUUCCUUGGCUGGCUGCAAUUGACCGAACUGAUGGCUGCUGUGUCGGGUCGAGGAAUCGUUGCCAGACACAAGGACUACGCUUUCUACCGCCCAUCUGCCGUCUCUAUCGCCCGUGUGAUUGUCGAUUUCCCCGCUAUUCUUGCCAUGGUGAUGCCUUUCACGCUUAUCGUAUACUUCAUCGCUGGGCUUGACGUGACGCCCUCUAAGUUCUUCAUCUACUUCCUUUUCGUCUACACAAACACCUUCUGCAUCACAUCAAUGUACCGGAUGUUUGCCGCGCUUUCACCAACUAUCGACGAUGCAGUUCGCUUUUCCGGCAUUGGAUUGAACCUGCUGGUUAUCUUCGUCGGCUAUGUGAUCCCCAAGCAGACUCUGAUGUCGGGCUCCAUAUGGUUCGGCUGGCUAUACUACAUCAACCCGAUUGCAUAUAGUUAUGAAGCGGUUUUGACUAGCGAGUUCUCAGACCGUAUCAUGAAUUGUGCACCUUCCCAGCUUGUCCCUCAAGGACCAGGUGUGGUGGAGGGAUACCAGGGUUGUGCUCUGACCGGUUCAUCUCUGGGCCAAACCAGCGUCCCGGGAAAGCAAUAUCUGAGUGUCAAUUUCCAACUGACCCGACACCAUCUCUGGCGCAACUUCGGCGUGGUCGUUGCAUUCACGGUUCUUUAUCUCAUCGUCACUAUCCUGGCUGUUGAGUUCCUUUCUUUUGUCGGCGGUGGUGGCGGUGCUCUUGUCUUCAAGAAAUCCAAGCGCAGUAAACAAAUCGCUGCUAAAACCACCGAAGCAAAUGAUGAGGAGAAAGUGGCCAGCUCAAGUGACAAUGCAGCUCUCUCCCGCGGCGAGGCUUCAUCCGGAACCGAUGAAUUUAACCGUCUCUCCAGAAGCGAGCGAUGCUUCACCUGGAAUAACGUCGAGUACACCGUCCCCUACGGCAAUGGAACCCGCAAGAUUCUGAACGGUGUCAACGGAUACGUGAAGCCCGGUGUCAUGAUUGCCCUGAUGGGCGCCUCCGGCGCUGGUAAGACAACUCUACUAAACACCCUGGCGCAGCGUCAAAAGGUUGGCGUGGUCAAGGGCGACAUGCUCGUGGACGGACACGCCCUGGGUCCUGACUUCCAACGCGGAACCGGCUUCUGUGAACAGAUGGAUCUGCAUGAUAACACCUCUACCAUUCGAGAAGCAUUUGAAUUCUCGGCCAUCCUUCGUCAAGACCGCACCAUCUCGCGCCAGAAGAAGAUCGAAUACGUCGACAGUAUCAUUGAACUUUUGGAGCUGGAUGACAUCCAGGAUGCCAUUAUCGGUUCUUUGAACGUAGAGCAGAAGAAACGAGUAACUAUCGGCGUGGAACUGGCUGCUAAACCGGGUCUCCUCCUCUUCCUUGACGAACCUACCAGUGGUCUGGACAGCCAAGCCGCACUCUCAAUUGUGCGUUUCCUCAAGAAACUGUCCCAGGCUGGCCAGGCUAUUGUCUGCACCAUCCAUCAGCCCUCCUCCAUGCUGGUUCAGCAGUUCGACAUGGUCCUUGCCCUCAACCCCGGGGGAAACACAUUCUACUUUGGUCCUAUCGGCAAGGAAGGUUCCACGGUCAUUAAGUACUUCGCCGACCGUGGGGUCGUCUGCCCACCCUCUAAGAACGUCGCCGAGUUCAUUCUCGAAACAGCCGCAAAACCCAUCCACCGCAAAGGCAAGCAGAUAGACUGGAACGAAGAAUGGCGCAACUCUGAACAAAACCGCGAAGUCCUUGUCGAAAUCGAAAAAAUCAAAGCAGAGCGCAGCCAAGUACCAGUGGAAACCACCGAAACCCCAUACGAAUUUGCCGCUCCAACUCUCAUCCAGACAGAACUUCUUACCAAGCGUCUAUUCCGCCAAUACUGGCGUGACCCCUCCUACUACUACGGCAAGUUAUUCGUCAGCGUCAUCAGCGGCAUCUUCAACGGUUUUACCUUUUGGAUGCUCCCAAACACAAUAGCAAGCAUGCAAGACCGCAUGUUCUCAACAUUCCUGAUCAUCUUACUCCCACCAAUCAUCCUCAACUCAAGCGUGCCGAAAUUCUAUAUAAACCGUGCGCUCUGGGAAGCCCGUGAAUACCCAUCCCGUAUCUACGGCUGGGGCGCCUUCUGCACCGCAAGCGUCGUCUGCGAGAUCCCCGCAGCUAUCAUCUCAGCCCUGAUCUACUGGGUGCUGUGGUACUACCCAGUCGGUUUCCCAACAGACUCGUCAACAGCAGGCUACGUUUUCCUCAUGACAGUACUAUUCUUCCUCUUCCAAGCAUCAUGGGGCCAAUGGAUCUGCGCCUUCGCCCCCAGCUUCACCGUCAUCUCAAACGUCCUCCCCUUCUUCUUCGUCAUGUGUAACCUCUUCAACGGUAUCGUCCGCCCAUACACCGCUUACCCGGUCUUUUGGAAAUACUGGAUGUACUACGUCAACCCAGUAACCUGGUGGAUCCGCGGCGUCUUUUCAGCUGUCCUCCCCUCUGUGCAAAUAGACUGCGCCUCUGAUGAAGUCACGCGCUUCAACCCACCCUCUGGCCAAACAUGUUCUAGCUAUGCGGACAAUUAUAUCAAGAAUAUCGCCAAGGCUGGGUAUUUGCUUCAUCCCGAUGCUACCUCGGACUGCCAGUACUGUCCAUAUGAAAAUGGCGCGCAGUAUAUGACUCAGUUGAAUGUUCAUGACGGAGACAAGUGGCGCUGUUUCGGAAUAUUCUUGGCUUUUGUCAUUAUUAAUUGGGCUCUUGUCUACUUCUUCAUCUAUACUGUUCGUGUGAAGGGUUGGAGCUUUGGGCUUGGGUAUGUUUUCUCCUUAUUUGGGCUGAGCAUUGAGCGUGUAAAGGCUUUGUUUAAGCGGAAGGAGACGAAUUAG